UGCAUCAUUCAGUGCUGACGUUUGUUGUUGUUAGAUGUUUUGUGUACACGUGGAGAGAAAACCUGUUUUUUAUAACAUUGUCCAAGUCUGAGAUGAAUGCAGAAAGCACGCUACUAAGUUAGGGAAAAUGUUUUAAUCCUUUCAAUUAGGUUGCUGAGACAGAAGUUUUGCUAAAGGAUGACUAAAUCUAAAGACGCCUUUGUUGUCAAUCCUGAUAUUGGUGAAGAUACCAUUGACCCAAAACAAGUACCAUGGUGGACUUCCAGUCGUGUGGGUCUAGCUGUUCUGGGAUUCUUUGGAUUUGUUAACGUCUAUGCCCUACGAUUUAACCUCAGUGUGGCCAUUGUGUGCAUGGUCAAUGGAACAGCUGUACGGUUAAAUUCUGAGGCAGAAACAGCCCAGACCAAUAAAACUAAUUCUAACCCAUCAAAUGAGUACUUUGAGAGUAGUUGUGGAUUAAUAUCUGCAGAUAACAAUGCAACGGUGAUGAAGGAAUUUGAGGAUGGUAACAUAGUGUGGGAGAAGACAACACAGGGCCUAAUACUAGGUUCCUUUUUCUGGGGUUACCUGGCAACACAAAUUCCAGGAGGCUGGGUCGCUGUCAAGUUUGGUGGAAAGAGGGUGUUAGGCCUAAGUAUGGCCUUAAGCUCUUUCUGCACAUUUUUGACCCCCAUUGCUGCUCAGACCAGCCACAUCUUCCUGAUGAUAAUACGUUUUUUAUUGGGCAUAGCCUCUGGUGCUGUAUUUCCCGCCAUGCACACUAUGUGGGGUAAAUGGGCUCCGCCUAAUGAACGAAGCAAGCUGACUGCAUUUACGUAUGCAGGGGGUCAAGCAGCCAUAGUGGUGACCUUUCCGAUAGCUUCUUUAUUAUGUAAAUAUGGUUUUGCUGGUGGAUGGCCGUCCAUCUUCUACAUACAGGGCGUUUUGAGUACAGUAUGGGUAGUACUAUGGAUGCUUCUAACCUCUGAUUCACCAGAGCAACACAAAAGAAUAUCUCAUAUAGAGAAGCUCUACAUCAGGCAGUCACUGAAGGACACCGUUCACACAGAGGAGGGAAAAGAUCUGAGGGUUCCGUGGAAGAGUAUAUUUACAUCUAUGCCGGUAUAUGCUAUCAUUAUUUCAAAUGUGGCUUGUGACUGGGGAGGUUACACUUUGCUGACCAAUAUUCCAACUUAUAUGAAAGAAGUUCUCAAACUCGAUAUAACCUCCAAUGGUCUUUAUUCUGCACUACCGUAUAUUGGCUUUUGGGGUGUGAUCAAUGUAGCUGGUGUGCUUGCAGAUCUUGCAUUAAAGUGCUUAUCGACCACUAAUACCCGUAAACUCCUAGAUAUCUCAGGUAAAGUGAUCCCUGCCUUACUACUAAUAGGCCUUGGGUACUUAGACUGCACAAUGAAGGGUCUGGCCAUUGCAUUACUGACCUUAGGGGUCAGUUUAUCUGGCUUUCAAUACAGUGGCUUCCUCAUAAACCAUAUGGACAUUGCACCAGCCUAUGCAGGGAUCUUAUUUGGAAUCUCCAAUGCUGCAGGAGCAGUAACUGGCUUCAUAUCUCCAGCUGUCGUAGGGCUGAUCACAGAGAAGGGCCAGAGUCGAUCUGAGUGGCAGACAGUCUUCUACAUUGCAGCUGCCAUUUAUCUAGGUAGUGCUGUCUUCUACUUGAUUUUUAGCUCAGGGGAUCUUCAAAAGUGGGCCAUGGAGGAAAAGACUAUAGAACUGGAAGAACUGAACAAAAUGGAAGAGAAAACUGGAGGAAUAAAGGAUUUAGAAAAUGCAUAAUACUUUGGCAUGCUUUAGAAUACUGUAUUAUUUGUAGAUGUGGGUUAUGUGAUUAAGGUAGAAAUAGAAAUUUAUAUUUAGAAAAAUAAUAAAGAGCUAACUAGCAAUGGGGAGUUUCAGGUUUUGGAAAAAAUAGUUCAUAUUUGUAUAGUGAUUUAUAUGAAUGUCAUGUCCUUGUUUAUUGGAAUGGAUGGUAGUUUAUUGAUUUAAGUUUAUAUUGUUCUGGAUUUUUUCAUGUGUCUGACGUUCAAAUGACAACACUGCCUUUUUCCUAUGUCUGACAUCCGAUGGACAACAACACUGCCUUUUUCAAAGAAAGUUAUUAUAUAUGAAACAUUAUUCUGAGUGCCCAAAACUGCCAUGUUGUUUUUAAAAAUGAACAUUUUAAUUACAUUUACUAUUAUAGACUUGAUUGUAUUAUUUUCAUUAUUUUGGCUAAAUCUACAGGUAAAAGUAGCAUUAUUUUAUCAGCUUUGUCUACCUCACUGGAAUUAUAGUGUAAUGAUGUCAUACAAAUAUAAAAUCAAGCUGAUCUCUAUUAGUUUAUUGUUAUUAAGUCUAUUUUAUGUACCUUUCUGUGAUGGAUUAUUUUAUUGUAUGAGACAACAACACGAGGGCAUGUUUUAUUUGAGAUCUUUCAUGAUUGUCAAACUCUUGUAUGUUUAGAGUUGGUUUCAUAACAGUGUCUUGUGUAAAUUCACACUUACGUUUACUGACAGAUGUGAAUAUUGCUUAUAUUUGAGAAGUAAUUGUUUUAAAAAUUUCAAGUACAAUAUUUCAUGUCAAGAUUGCUGUUCCUAAUUUUCCUCUAAGUCAAUUAUGGAGUGCCAAAUUAACAUGAACUCACAUACUAUAUGACAUCUUUAAUUAUAUGAAGAUAUCAUCAUACAUGUAUCAAUAUCAUUAUGUGCAAAAGUUGAUUUAUGUAUAUGGAAUUAUUGCUCACAGAAUUUAAUUUGGAGAUCUGUAUAAAAGAUAUGAUUAUCUUUUUAAUUUAUUGAAUAUCUUUUAUUAUUUACAACGAAUUAAUCCACACAUCAUUUCUUUUAAACAGAGCAACAAUAUGAUUUAAGAGAUCAUUAAUUCAAGAGUGGAUGUGUUGAACAGAAGAUAUCUGUGAUUAGAUAGUUGCUCUCUAAAAAAAAAUAUUGAAUAAAUGAUAUCAAUUAAAUUAUUGAUAUUAAUUCAUUUGAAGAGAUGAUAUCAAUUCAUUUGAAGAGAGCAACAAUUCAAUUAUAACACACAUCAAUUCAGUAGAAUAAUUAAUGCUAUCACCAAUUCAAUUAAUGCGCGCAAUAAUUAGGAAUUGACGAUAUCAUUAAUUAUUUGAAGAGAUCUUUAGUUGAAGAAGUAUGCAAUUGAUAUCUUCAAAUAAUGGAAGAUAUCUUCGAUUAUUUGAAUCUAUGUUAGUUUUGCACUCCACAGUCAACCUCAAUUUGAAUAUCGAGUAAGUCAUGUCCAGUGAUGUACCAUAUAUCAGGGAAUUUUGGCAUCAGAAAUAUUUGGCAGAUCCUUACACAAAUAUAAUUUCUAUGAAUGGACGUUUUGGUGCUUUUAUUUUUGGUGAUUUUUUGUCAAAGAAGCCAACAUUUCGAUUGUGCCAAAAUUACCUGAUUUACGGUUACUGUGUGCUUAAAAUUUGUACAGUAUGCUUAAGAAUUCUGUGCCAUUGUAUUUUACUGUCUCACAUAAUUUUAUGUUAUCAAUACACCAUGGGUUGUAUUGUUGUGAUGGAAUGUUCUCUCUGAGCCUGGGAUGAUGACAUACCAUCACCAAUACACAUUUUUAUAUAUUACCAAAUAUUCUACAAUAUAAUCCAGCCUUCUGUCUCAAAAGACAAGUGAUUUGCAGGAGUGCUACUCUUAAGGUUGCUCAUUACACCAUUAUACUUGGCGAUUUAAAUGUUUUGUGAAAUUAUUUGUAUCAGUGGAUUUGUUUGUGUAUCAUUGUAGCUCAGUGGAUAAAGUGUCGGGUCAUUCACCAGCAGAUCCCAAGUUCAAAACUGCAGGAGUCUUUUAUUUAUAUUUAUUGAAAUAUUUGUUUGAAAAUCUUCUCUUUUUUUUCUUCUUUUUUUUUUUUAUUAUCUAAAACUGCAUAUUUUCUGCUUCUUACUUUUUUAAACAUGUAUACUUAUAACACAUGAUUGUAUCUUUCAUAACUUCAUAACUAAAUCAUUUUGUACUGACUUGAUAGGAGUUAUGAGAUUGAUCACUGUUCGUUAUCUUCACCUUUCUUUGUACUGACUUGAGACACUCUCACAAGGUGUAGUAAUUAGCCACCUUAAACAUAUAUUUUUUAAACAAGUAUUUAUUGGAUACUUCACUUUAGCUUUUGAAAUAUUUAUUUUGAAUGAUUUUUUACAUCAUUGUUUUCUGUUAGUUUAUAUUUCCUUAAUUCAGAAACAUCUUCAUUAAGCUGCUCUAUGUGUCAAUAAAUUGGGAGAUGCACAGUUCC